CGACAGUGCGCCUCCCCUGGAGCCGCGCACCGGGAAGCUCACCUACUUGGGGAUCCUGCCGCCCGUUUACACGCCCCACCCCUCGGCCGGCGGUGCUGCUCAGGCCCGUCCUUUCCCGCUCUUGGGACCCAGCCCCUGCCCCGCCCCAUAUUUGUGCUGCGCCGGCUGGCCCGCUACUCCGGCGCAGAGAGGCUGGCCCUGUGAGGCGCCGCACCUGCGGAGGACCAACUGGGCUGAGCGUGCGGGCUGGCGAAAGCCGGCAGGGACGAGGCCGGGGCAAUGCUGGGCAAGGAUUACAUGCUGGCCAUCAUUCUGGUCAACUGCGAUGAUGACUUGUGGGGGGACCAGAAUCUGGAAGGAGAGCCAGGCCUGCCCCCUGGCUGGAGGAAGAUCCGAGAUGCUGCAGGUACUUACUACUGGCAUGUACCCAGUGGUAGCACCCAGUGGCAGCGCCCAAGCUGGGAGCCAGGGGACUCAGAGGACCCAGGCACGAGGACGGAGGGGAUUUGGGGACUUCGGCCCCCCAAGGGGAGAUCCUUCUCCAGCCUGGAGAGCUCACUGGACCGGAGUAACUCUCUGUCCUGGUAUGGUGAGGAAUCGUACAUCCAGAGCAUGGAGCCAGGGGCUAAGUGUUUUUCAGUCCGCUCUCUGGGCUGGGUAGAGGUACCUGAAGAGGACUUGGUACCAGGGAAGAGCAGUAUCGCAGUCAAUAACUGCAUCCAGCAGCUGGCCCAGACCCGCAGCUGUAGCCAGCCCCCAGAUGGUGCCUGGGGUGAGGGCCAGAACAUGCUGAUGAUCCUGAAGAAGGACGCCAUGAGUCUGGUGAAUCCUCUGGACCACAGUCUGAUCCACUGUCAGCCUCUGGUGCACAUCCGCAUAUGGGGUGUGGGCAGCUCCAAGGGCCGUGACCGGGACUUCGCUUUUGUGGCUGGUGACAAAGACAGCUGUAUGCUCAAGUGCCAUGUGUUUCGUUGUGAUGUCCCUGCCAAGGCUAUUGCCAGUGCCCUACAUGGGCUUUGUGCCCAGAUCUUGUCAGAGCGAGUAGGGGUCAGUGGUGAUUCCCCUUGCUGCUCUCUAGACCCCAUCUCUCCUGGAGACCUGCCACAGCAAGUGGAGCUGCUGGACGCAGUGAGCCAGGCUGCUCAGAAGUAUGAGGCCCUGUAUGUGGGGACCCUGCCAGUCACCAAAGCCAUGGAUCCCCUCUCUUUUUAUGUCUGGGAGCACCAUGGUGGGAAUGUCCUUCCAGGCAUGGAUGUGCUGAAUGAGGCCAUCAGUACCCUCACCUCCCGGGGGGACCGGGAUGCCUGGGUCCCCGCCAUGCUCAGUGUGUCUGACUCUCUCAUGACCGCACAUCCCAUUCAGGCAGAGGCUGGUGCAGAGGAGGAGCCAUUGUGGCAGUGCCCUGUGCGCCUUGUGACCUUUAUUGGUGUUGGCCAUGACCCACACACCUUUGGCCUCAUUGCUGACCUGGGCCAUCAGAGCUUCCAGUGUGCAGCCUUCUGGUGCCAGCCCCAUGCAGGGGGACUCUCUGAAGCUGUGCAAGCUGCUUGCAUGGUUCAGUACCAGAAGUGUCUUGUGGCCUCUGCAGCUCGAGGCAAGACCUGGGGUGCCCAGGCCCGUGCCCGCCUGCGGAUCAAGCGGACCAGCUCUGUGGACUCCCCAGGAGGUCCCCUGCCUCUUCCCCUGCUCAAAGGAGGGAUUGGGGGUGCAGGAGCAGCCCCUCGAAAGCGCGGUGUCUUCUCUUUUCUUGAUGCCUUCCGGCUGAAACCUUCUCUGCUCCAUAUGCCCUAAAUUUUCUGGGAGGACUAGGGUAAGAGGCUCUGGGUCCACAUCCAACUUUGUUUCCCUUGAUAUCCCAGGAGCCUGAAGCCUCUCACCCCUGGGAGCCUUCUCUGCCUGCUCCUCCAACUCUGACCCACCCUCUGUUUAUUGCCUAAUUUAUUAAUUGUUUAUAUGGAUGACUGAGAGGCCCUGCACCACAACCUGGGCAGGCCCCUGGCCCUCCUUUCCCUGGGUCCCUGUGUUCCUUGCCCCUGUCCAGCCCUGGACAGUUGGCUCUACCUCAGCAACACUUUAUAGCAAAAUCAGUACAAAUAAAAAUCCCUCAGUGACCGUA